AUGUAAUACUAUUGCUAACUGCAUUAGUCUAUCUUUACUUAGGUUUGUCUUCAAUAGGAUUGUACUAAGAAAGGACCAUUAUGUGACAAAUGUGUUGAUACUCAUAAAACUCAUAUCAUAAAGAAUUUGGAAACAUAUUUGAAUGAUUAUACAAAAUACUUAAAUAUGGAGUAUUAAGCAUAAAUAUUGUAAAAAUUAGAAUAAAUGAAAUAAUAUUUUCAUGAUAAAAUUUCAUCUUUAUAAAUAGAUGUAAAUUUUAUAGAUGAAAAGAGAAAAAAGGAAAUAAUGAAAUAAUUAAAAUAAGAGAAAAUGAGUCCUCAAUAAUAUCAAUCAAAAAUUAUUGAAUUAGUACAAAGAGAUUAAUUAAAAGAUAGAGAAUAUUUAGAAUAAUUCUUUGAGCAAAUAAUCGAAAUUGAAAAGGAUAUCAAAUCCUAAUUCUUAUAAUUACCUUAAAAAUUAGUAUAAGCUUAACAUCAUCAUCAACCUUCACAUCAAUCUUAAUAAAUAAUAAAUAAUAAAUCUAAUCUUUCAAGUGAAGUGAGGGAAUUAUCACCUUAAUUAUCUAAUAGAUCAAAUAAAUCUAAAGAACCAAUAUUCUAAUAAAAAUAAAUGAAUUAAUCACCUCUUUCUAAAUAGUUACUUUAAAGAGACUUGAUGCCAGUUGGUUCAUUUAAUAAUUCUAAAUUAAAAAAUUAUUUUACUGAAUAAGAUUCAUAAUUAUCUCCAUAAAAUUCAUUCAAAAUUACUAAACCUUUUGAAAUUGAUAAAUCAUCAAGCAAAUAAAGUAGAAUUGAAGGAGACAGAUCAAAAGCCAAAUCAUAAAAUGCUUCAUUUGAUUAAUUUAAAUAGAAUGCUUCAUUUGAUUAAUUUAAAUAACUUGAACCCUUUAAAAAUACUUAAAAAUCAUAAAAUAUUGAAGUCAAUCUAUCUUAAUUUGAGAAAUCAGAAAAAAUGGAUUUAUCCAAUCAAAAAUAGAAUUAAAUUAGAUUUACUCCAUAAGAAUAAUAAAUGGUUGGUUAUUUUACAAAUCAACAGACUUUAACUCAAAAAGAAAAUAGUUAAUUUCAUUAGAAAUAACCUUCUAAUAUAAAAGCAUAAUUUACAAUAAAAGAGGAAAAAUAAGUAUAAUAAAAUACAAUUUAAUAAUAAAAUGAGACUUAUUUUGAAUAGUAAAAAAGUUAAAUAAAUCAACCUUAAAAUUUUGAUAAUAGUUAAAAAUUCUAAAAUUCUUAAAUUCUCAUAGCUUAAUAAAUUUAAACACCUUAAUAAAGUACACUUAUUAGAGAAUAGGAUACAAACAAUUUUUAAAAUGGUAUGAAAUAGUCAACAUAAUCAGCAAUAUCAGGAAUAUAUAAUGAAAAUAAAUCUUAAUAAGAUAUUUCUUUUAUUAGUUCAAAGUAUAUUAUUGAAUAUUAUUUAGAUCAAUAGUUCUUCCUUAAAUAAAAAUAACAUAAAAUUUAUCAAAUCCUUUAAAAAUUGAAAAAGACAUAACAUUAAAAAUUCAUGAUAAAAGUGUUAAGGAUUUAUGUUUUAUGGAUGAUGAUAAAAUAAUUACAUGUUCUAAAGAUAUGACCAUAAAAAUUUGGGAUAAGUAUUGUUAUGAAUAUAUUAGUAAGGAGAACUAAAUAAUUAAAAAUGGAAUUGAAAGAUCAUACAGAUUAAAUUCUAUGCAUUGCAUUCUCUUAAAAAAGAAUAAUAGCUAGUGGAUCAGUAGAUAAAACAGUUAGAAUAUGGAAACCUUCUCCUUCUUGGAAAAUUGCAUUUGUUUGUUAAGGACAUUCAGAGAGAAUAAGAUGUGUAGAAUUUUUGGGAAACUUUAUAGUAUCAGGAUCAGAUGAUACAACUGUAAAAUUAUGGGAUUUUGAUGGAUAAUUAUAACAUUCAUUCAAAACUAAUGGUAGAGUUAGUGCAAUAGCUACAGAUAAAAAUCUUAUUAUAGUUGGAAGUGGUAAAAAUAUUAUUGUUUUGGAUACUAAAACAAAAAAUAAAUAAUAAGAUAUAAUAGGUCAUAAGAAUUUGAUUUUGUGUUUAUUACUUAGUAAUUAAAAUCAAUAGAAUACUUAAAUAUUAAUAAGUGGAUCAAAGGAUAAUUCUAUUAAAAUAUGGUCUUAUCCUAAAAUAUAAGAAAUUAGAAAUUUAGAAGAUGAUUAUUCAAUUUAAUCUUUAUUUUUUGAUCCAAUAUCUUAAUACCUAUUUGUUGGUCUAAUGGGUUUCGAAUAGGAAGGAAAGAUAUCUAUUUGGAAAUUAGAUAAUUAACCAAAAAAAUAAUAAGAAAUAAUUUUAAAUCCAUAUGGAUGUAAUAAAGUGUUAUAUGAUGGGAUAUAUCUUUAUAGUGCACAUGAGAAUAGAAGAAUGGAAAUUUAUAUUAUUAAUGAACUUUGA